GACGAUUCUUCGCCCACCCUUUCCAACUAUUCCUACUAUAGCAACUUGUUCUGCAUCGAAGACGUUACACGCUGGUAUCUGAGAACAUGUCCAAACCUUUCAUAUCUGGCGUCGCCUUCGGUGCUGCUCUAACAGCAGCGGCGAUUCACCCACCGAACGUCAUCGUCGAGCAAAUGACCUUUCAGAACUGGCACAUGGUUGUUACAUUCCUAACAGCUUCCGGUACCAGCACUCUCCUUGUCCACGCGUUACAACAGCUAGGUUAUCUCCGCUUGAAUCCGCGAGACUAUUCGACACUUGGCAUAUUUGGUGCUCUUGAUGGAAACAUAAUAGGGGGUUUGAUUUUGGGUGCUGGCUUGACCGUUUCUGGUUCCUGCCCGGGGACCGUCUUUGCGCAAGUAGGGGAUGGUAUCCGCUCUGGCCUCUAUACGCUCGGCGGAGGGAUACUUGGUGGCAUAAUCUGGUCGGGUUUCCUGCGGCCGGCUUUUCGCAACAGGGCGAAGUCAAGUACAGAGUCAUCGGAUGGUAAAGGCCACUACCACUUAACUUUAGACAAGUGGAUAGGUACAAGCCACCUGGGCGUACUUGUUGUGGUAGAGACCUUGUUUGCGAGUGCCGUUGCAACGAUAGUCUAUCUUGCUUCCCCUGAAUCCGGCGGGUUGGUAGGUCCAGUCACAGGUGGUAUCUUGAUUGCGGGUGCCCAAACGGUUUCCAUCGUGACACGAAAGUCUCUUCUAGGAACUUCAAGCUCUUUCGAGGAAGUCGGCGACUAUUUCUGGUGGGCAGCAGGGCAAAGAGAUAUGCCGAAGUCACACAGCGCUAUUGCGCUCGCUACAGGUAUGAUCACAGGGGCACUAGCCAUUUCUCUGGCAUCACCGACGACACGUGUGACAUCCGACAUCACUAUCGAGCCCAUUAGAGCAAUUCUUGGUGGCAUGCUCCUCGCAGUCGGGUCGAGAAUGGCAGGCGGCUGCACGUCCGGUCAUGGGAUUUCCGGCAUAUCGCUUCUCUCCAUCUCAAGCUUUGUCACUGUAGCUGCUAUGUUUGCUGGAGGAGCAGGCGUCGCCGCGAUCAUAGGGUAAUCCAACCAUUCAAGAGUCGUGUCCUUCUGUGAGGGUCAUAUUCCCUCGGAAUAGACUAUCCGAUAGGUUAGGAACCUUGGUUGCAAGCAUGGGUACUAGUGAUUGCUUCGCGUUGUAGUUUCAUCUACUACGCUCCUACUCAUUGGUAACAGCCAGGCAACUGAUUUAGCUCGCUUAUUCCCGAAAGGUGAGCGAGUCAAUCUA